AUGGCUGUCACAAAUGGCCCCUGUGACCCCGCAUUCAACCGUGUUCGUGAUCUUCUCCAAGAAAGACUGAGCUCGGGAGAAGAAGUUGGUGCCUCAAUUUGUGUCAACAUCGACGGAAAGAGCGUGCUUGAUAUCUGGGGCGGUCAUGCAGACGCCGCCAAGUCGCGCCCAUGGGAAGAGGACACCCUAGUUGUCGUUUUCUCAUGCAGCAAGAUAGUCAGUGCACUGGCGGCGCUGAUCCUCGUUGACCGCGGCCUGCUAGACGUCGAAGAGAAAGUGUCAAAGUACUGGCCAGAGUUUGCAGCCAACGGCAAAGAAGAUACAAGAGUGUGGCACAUCCUCAGCCACUCCUCUGGUCUACCCCACUGGGAUAAGCGGCUCCCCAUGGAGUCUAUUUACGACACAAAAAGUUCAACCGAGAUGCUCGCUGAGCAGGCUCCGUGGUACAAGGCUGGAGAGGUGUCAGCAUACCAGCUUAUAAGCCAUGGACAUUUGAUUGGUGAGCUGGUGCGACGCAUUAGUGGCAAGUCAUUAAAGCAAGUUAUCGUCGAUGAGAUCACGGGUCCGUUGGGUGCGGAUUUCGGUCUCGGUGUUGCUGAAGAGGACUGGCCGCGUACGGCAGAUAUCAUUCCCUGUGCUCUUCCAGAUUUGCCAAAGAUUGACCCGCAAAGCGUUGUUGGUAAAACUUUUGGCAACAUUACAUUCACGACCGAAGUCACCAAGACCCCCGGGUUUAGGGGUGCUGAGAUUGGUGCCUUGAAUGGGUUUGGAAAUGCGCGUGCACUGGCGCGGAUUGGUUCCAUUGUGAGCUUAAAAGGAACGGUCGAUGGGAAGAAGUAUCUUGGGCUGAAGACUAUCGACCAAAUGAUGCAUGAACGGAUUAACGGUAUCGAUUUGGUCUUGUUCAUGAAUGUCAGAUUUGGGCUUGGGAUUGAUUUACCGACGCCGGAGGCUGUCGCCUUUAUCCCCGAAGGAAAUAUUUGUUUCUGGGGAGGUUGGGGUGGAUCCUUCCUGGUCAUGGACCUGGAUCGUCGCAUGACGAUUGCUUAUACCAUGAACAAAAUGGGAUCCCGAAUCUUGGGUAAUGAGAAUGUCGAGGCUUACAUCAAUGCGAUCUAUGAAAUUAUGGGGGACAAGAAGCCCUCCGCGUCUUUGUGA